CACUGUAAACUACGGCGCGGUAAACAUAUAAACAUGAAUAUGUACGCCAAAAUCGCGUGGUGCCUUCUUUUGGUUGUUUUGUUUGUAGAGUAUGUAGACAUGAAAAAGAAGAAACAGAAGGAAGUUGAAAUAAUUACAUUGACAAAUGAUGAGGAUUGUUCUGAGUAUGCAGAGGAUGGUGACACAUUGCAGAUACAUUACACUGGAAAGUUGGAAAAUGGCGGAGUUUUUGACACGUCAUAUGAUAAAGGGCAUCCAUUUGAGUUUGUUCUUGGUGCUAAAAAAGUGAUCCCUGGAUGGGAAAAAGGUUUGAAAGGCAUGUGUGUAGGUGAACGCAGAAAACUGAUUGUACCACCAAACUUAGCAUAUGGAAAAAAAGGAAGCCUGCCGACAAUUCCACCUGAUGCUACGCUGAUCUUUGAAACACAGCUGAUGGGACUUCAGAAACCAAGUUUUGAGGACAAAUUGAUUCCACAUAUCAGGUUUCUAUCUAUUCCAAUAGCAUUGGGUUGCGUUCUUUAUUAUUUCUAUGAUAAACUCAAGAAAAUGCCAUCAGAUAAAGAAAUCAAAGCAGAAAAGAAAGCUGCAAAAAAGAAAAAGCGCUAA